AUGGCUGACCUGCGAAAAUCCCCACGAGAGGUUGCUUCGUAUCUGAGAAAGGUACGCAAGCCCCUAGUUGAGCGUCAACGCCGUGAGAGGAUGAACGCGAGUAUUGACCGCCUCAAGCUCCUGAUCGCGGACACCAUCCGGGAACAGGUGUCAUCAAUGACGCGUGUGGACAAGGCGGACAUUUUGGAGCUCACCGUCUUUCAUCUGACACGUCUACAGCAGCGGCAACGGGGCCUUCGCAUAGCCACCGAAACCACAGAGGGCGCUUCCUCAGCAACCUCUUACAAGACUGGCUACCGGGACUGCGCACGGCAGACUGUCACCUACCUGUCUGCGAACAGUUAUUGUAGUCCGGAAGUUGCUACCAGCGUCAGUGGACAUUUGAGGAGCGUCUAUGAGCAAACACAGAACAGUAGCCAGGCUGGUAAGGAUCGUCUUCAAGAAGUUCAUAAUCGGAUUCCACAGAUCGAGAAUCGGGUGCCAUUUAUAUUUAACCCGCAUGCCGUUUUCAUGUCAACGCCGAGAAGAUCAAACGAAGGACAGUGUGCAUUGACGAGUCAAAUUUCAACAACCUCUCCGAGAACCCUAGAAUGUUCGCCGAUCUUGCGGAUGACGAAAGGCUAUGAUGACGUCAUCAUUCAUAAUUCCAGUACUCUUAAUAUGAGUUUCCUGAACAGUGAUUCAGGAUUUGCUAGUAUUGACGUGUCCACUGACAUUCAAUCUUUGGGGUCAGAUCGCUGUGUUUCGUUUGACCGGAGUGAGGAGGCUGAAAGUGGUCAAGUGUCCAAGGACAAUGUAUGGCGCCCGUGGUAG